AAUAAAAAGAGAAGAGAGCGAGAAAAAGGAAAACAAACCAGCACAAGCACAGAGAAAAGCGGGGUUUUGCCAUUGCCAACGACCAUGAUGAACAACACCAACCGUGACAGCGAAGAAAAUCAGCGGAAGAAAGAGAGCACUGUAACGAGCUUAUUAGACUCGAGAUUCAACCAGACCCUAAAAAAUGUUCAAGGGUUGCUCAAAGGCCGCAGUAUACCUGGUAAAAUUUUGCUAACUAGAAGGUCAGAUCCAAGCUUACAAGAACUGUCUCCAGAGUAUGAAAGGAGCUCCUCAUUCAAGGAUGCUGGCUCAAGUGAUCGUGUGACCAAGGAAGUAGAGGAAGAAGUCCAGAUUACAAGCAAUGCAAAUAAGAACACAAAUGUCAAUAAGUUGAAAACAUCAACCUCAAAUAUUGAAAAUACAUCCAAAGAAGUUCAGAAGUCCACUAUGGGUGCUAGAGCUACAGAUUCUACGAGAGUUAUGAAGUUCACAAAGGUGCUCUCAGGGACAACGGUCGUAUUAGAGAAUUUGCGGGAGUUAGCUUGGAGUGGAGUACCAGAUUAUAUGCGCCCAGAUGUAUGGAGGCUACUCUUAGGAUAUGCACCACCUAAUUCAGAUAGAAAGGAGGGAGUUCUAAGAAGAAAGCGCCUUGAGUAUCUCGACUUUGUUUCUCGGUAUUAUGAUAUUCCAGAUACUGACAGAUCAGAUGAUGAGAUCAACAUGCUUCGCCAGAUUGCUGUUGAUUGUCCACGAACUGUACCUGAUGUUACUUUCUUCCACGAACCACAAGUUCAGAAAUCCUUGGAGCGCAUCCUUUAUACAUGGGCCAUUCGGCAUCCUGCAAGUGGAUAUGUUCAGGGAAUAAAUGAUCUAGCUACACCCUUCCUAGUUGUUUUCUUGUCAGAAUACUUGGAAGGGGGGAUGGAUAACUGGUCAGUCUGUAAUUUAUCUCCAGAAAAAAUCUCUAACAUAGAGGCUGAUUGCUAUUGGUGUCUAUCGAAAUUGCUUGAUGGGAUGCAAGACCAUUACACAUUUGCUCAACCUGGAAUUCAAAGGCUUGUGUUUAAACUGAAAGAGUUGGUUAGGCGGAUUGAUGAACCUGUUUCAAGACACGUGGAGGAGCAAGGGCUGGAAUUUCUUCAAUUUGCUUUCCGCUGGUUCAACUGUCUUCUAAUACGUGAGAUACCUUUCCAUCUCGUGACUCGCUUGUGGGACACAUAUCUUGCAGAAGGAGAUGCACUGCCAGAGUUCCUUGUGUACAUUUUUGCCAGUUUUCUUUUAACGUGGUCAGAUAAGCUCCAGAUGCUUGAUUUCCAGGAAUUGGUGAUGUUCCUUCAACACCUUCCAACACAAAAAUGGACUCACGCAGAGCUUGAGAUGGUGCUUUCGAGAGCCUUCAUGUGGCACAGUAUGUUCAACAACUCUCCCAGCCACUUAGCUAGCUAGAAAGGAAUUUUUGAUAUUCGCUAUUUACGGUCAGAUUGGAAUUUUGUUAUUUUCAUGAUUCCAUCACCUUUUCUUCGUAUUGUAUCUACAAAUGUUCUCUCCCCGCCCCACAAAAAAAAAACAAGCAUAUGUAUUCGUUUUGUAGAUUUGCUUUGAUCGGAGAAAAAAAAAGGAAAAAAGAUAAUUUCUUUGGUUGUAUGACACUUAACAUUUCGUGAAUGGACACGAGAGGAAUCUGCAUCCUAUCUAUUCAUUUUUUGUUUA